AUGGCGUCGAUGGAGAUUUAUGAGAAGAGAAUCGUCAGAGAAACCAAACGUAGAAGAAAAGGAAGAAGAGAGUGGAAGAUUGAGAUCCCCAAUGAUGUGAUGGAAGAGAUCGUGAUGAAGCUUCCGGUGAGAUCGAUUGCGAGGUUCGAAGCGGUUUCAAAGCAUUGGGAAUCCAUGAUUAAGACAAGAGAUUUUUGGGCAAGACACAUGGCUCAUCAGAAGAAAAACAAAGAUCCUAAACUCAUGUUUGUCUCUUUUGGUUAUAAACAAAUCCAUUUUGAGCAAAGGGACUUGGAGACGACUUGUCUUGAAGAGAGCCCCUGUUUUGAAAUCGAAGAGGUUAAGGGUCCUCUCGAGAUCUCCGAAUGCUGCGAUGGCCUUGUCUGCUUCUACUGCUUGACUCAAGCAGUGACAGUGGUAAAUACGGCCACAGAAACAGCCUUGUCACCACUCCCCUUAGCAAAUUUUCAGCGUCUUCAUAAAGAGCAUCCAGACCCGGAUCUGUUGGACCGGUAUGUGAUGGUGGAUAUGAUGGACGAAGAUGAUGGUGAUGCUCCACUUCCAUUCAUAUCAUUUACUAUGUUUGGAUUUGGGAAAGACAAGGUCACAGGACGAUAUAAGAUAGUGUGGCUAUAUAAUAUAUACCCUGCUACCUUGAACAAGAAGAAGAAGACAAGAUGCGAGGUUUUCGAUUUAGAGGAAUGGAGAUGGAGAUUCGUGACUACCAGACCUCUUGAUCAUCACCAAAUCUUGUCUAAUCAGAGGCCACCGUGUGCAAACGGAUUAUUAUACUGGCUCACGGGAGAUGAACAAGGAUACCCAUCAACACAAACCAAACUCAUAGUUUUCGAUAUUCAUACAGAGAUGUUUCAUAUCACCUCAACACCACCUUUUAUUUCCCCUGAUGCCUCUAGUGACAAAAUUGGUUUAUGCAAUCUUGACGGUCGUCUGUGCAUCUCUGAACUCAAGGGAGAUUGUAAGCAAGAGUUUUGGUGGAGGGUUGAAGAAUGCGACAAGUGGGAGAGGAUCUUCUCAGUUGACUUGAAUUCUACUUCCUCUUGGUUUGGUGGUAUCACUUCACAGCCUCUUACACCUUUGGCUAUUUCCAGGGAUAACAACAAGGUCGUCCUCUCCCUUACCCAUCAAAAAAACCUUGUUGACUUUGAUCUUGAUCCUGACUCAACUGUUUAUCAUUUGUAUUAUUCUGGUUACUAUGGCUUAGCUGUUCCUUAUUUUCCAAGUUUAGUACUUGUUCAUGGAACUUUCUAGCUCUCUCUUGUUAAUUCUUUCUGAAACUAUUUGUCUUCUUAAGUAAAAAAAAUGUGUCUUUUAUAUUCAGUGAGCAC